CCUCCUCCUCUUCCUCCUGUAUGAGUCAGGCAUUUCCCGGGGAUUUGGAGCAGCCACGCGCGGCCCGGGCGCCGGGAGCUGUAGCAGCAGCCGCCGCCGCCGCCGCCGCCGCGCCAGGAGCUCCAGCGCCGGGGCCGCCACCGCGGCGGGCACCCGCGUUCCCGGCGCGCACGGACCAUGGAGAGGGCGGCCCAAGGCGCAGACGGCGGCGGGGGCAGCAACAGCAGCAGCCGCAGCAGCAGCCGCGCCACCUCGGCGGGCUCCUCGCCCUCCUGCUCCCUGGCCGGCCGGGGGGUCUCCAGCCGAUCGGCGGUAGCGGGGUUCGGCGGCGGGGGCAGCCGGAGCAGCCCGGGCUCGGUGGCCGCUAGUCCGUCCGGAGGAGGUGGCCGCAGGAGGGAGCCGGCGCUCGAGGGCGUGCUCAGCAAAUACACCAACCUCCUCCAGGGCUGGCAGAACAGGUACUUUGUGCUGGAUUUUGAGGCUGGCAUCCUGCAGUAUUUUGUGAACGAGCAAAGCAAACACCAGAAGCCUCGGGGAGCCCUGUCUCUGUCUGGAGCCAUAGUGUCCCUGAGCGACGAAGCCCCCCACAUGUUGGUGGUGUACUCCGCUAACGGAGAGAUGUAUAAACUGAGAGCUGCCGAUGCAAAGGAGAAACAGUUUUGGGUGACUCAGCUUCGAGCUUGUGCCAAAUACCACAUGGAAACGAGUUCUAAGACGACUCCAAGUUCCCGAAGCCGCAGUCUCACUUUGCUCCCCCAUGGAACGCCCAAUCCUGCGUCUCCCUGUAGCCAGAGACACCUCGGCGCGGGGGCCCCCGGUGUUGUCACAAUCACGCAUCACAAGUCGCCUGCAGCUGCCCGAAGAGCCAAGAGUCAGUAUCCCGGCCAGCUUCACGAAGUCAGAGAGAUGAUGAACCAGGUGGAAGGACAGCAAAAGAACCUCGUGCACGCCAUCGAGUCUCUGCCAGGCUCUGGCCCCCUCACUGCCUUGGACCAGGAUCUGCUGCUCCUGAAAGCUACCUCCGCCGCCACCCUCAGCUGCCUUGGGGAGUGCCUCCACUUGCUCCAGCAGAGUGUGCAGCAGGUGGGCCAGCCCAGCCACAAGCCGGGGGCCUCAGAAAACAUCCUGGGAUGGCACGGGCCCAAGUCACAUUCCACAGAGCAGCUGAAAAAUGGGACACUUGGCUCUUUACCAUCAGCCAGUGCCAACAUAACCUGGGCGAUUUUACCAAACUCCGCUGAAGAUGAGCAAAGCUUGCCGCCGGAGCCCGAGCCAAACUCGGGCCCUGAACUGGUUUUGUCCGAAGAUGAAAAAAGUGACACUGAAGAUAAGGAAGAGACAGAAUUGGGCGUCAUGGAGGAUCAACGGAGUAUAAUUCUUCAUCUCAUUUCACAGCUCAAACUGGGAAUGGAUUUGACCAAGGUGGUGCUUCCCACGUUCAUCCUGGAGAAGCGAUCCCUGCUGGAGAUGUACGCAGACUUUAUGGCCCAUCCGGACCUGCUGCUGGCCAUCACCGCCGGGGCCACACCAGAGGAGAGAGUCAUUUGCUUCGUGGAAUAUUAUCUCACGGCCUUCCAUGAGGGCCGCAAGGGGGCCCUGGCCAAGAAGCCCUACAACCCCAUUAUCGGUGAGACGUUUCACUGCUCCUGGGAGGUUCCCAAAGACAGGGUCAAGCCAAAGAGGACUGCCCCCCAUUCUCCUGCUGGCCAUGAACAGCUGACAGCUGAGGACCCUUCCAAAAGCUACAAACUGAGGUUUGUGGCCGAGCAGGUGUCCCAUCAUCCCCCCAUCUCCUGCUUCUACUGUGAGUGCAAGGAAAAGAGACUGUGCGUCAACACUCAUGUAUGGACCAAAAGCAAGUUCAUGGGCAUGUCCGUGGGGGUCUCCAUGAUAGGGGAAGGUGUGCUGAGGCUCCUGGAACAUGGGGAGGAGUACGUGUUCACCCUGCCCAGUGCCUACGCGCGGUCCAUUCUCACCAUCCCCUGGGUGGAGCUCGGAGGCAAAGUGAGCAUCAGCUGUGCCAAGACGGGGUACUCGGCGACAGUCAUAUUCCACACGAAGCCUUUUUAUGGAGGGAAAGUCCACAGGGUCACAGCCGAAGUGAAGCACAACCCAACUAACACCAUUGUUUGUAAAGCCCAUGGGGAAUGGAAUGGUACCUUAGAGUUCACCUACAACAGCGGAGAGACCAGGGUCAUCGACACAACCACACUGCCAGUGUAUCCCAAGAAGAUCAGACCUCUGGAGAAGCAGGGGCCCAUGGAGUCCAGGAACCUCUGGCAGGAGGUGACCAGAUACCUGCGGCUGGGGGACAUUGAUGCUGCCACCGAGCAGAAGCGGCGCCUGGAGGAGAAGCAGCGGGUGGAGGAACGGAAACGGGAGAACCUCCACACGCCCUGGCAGCCCAAGUAUUUUAUCCAGGAGGGUGACGGCUGGGUGUACUUCAAUCCACUUUGGAAGGCACACUGAUGGGGUGGUGGUGCAGAUCUUUCAGAAAGAGCCCUGUUUUUGUAGGAAUUAAAGUGGUGCAGUAUCAAGGUUCUCCUGGUAUUCACUAAGACCUGUUGAUAUCAUUCAAGAAAUGGUACCUGAGAGGGAAAUGAUAUACUGUGAAAAUGCACUACCAAACCACUCUAGGAUUGAAUUUACUCAAGAGCCAUUUGGGGCAUGUGUGUGUACACCGGUCUGUGUGUGAGUUCUCAGUACACUGUAUGUUCACACACAUGCACUAUAUACACAUAUCUGCUGGGUAUUAUUACACAUGUAAAUACUGCACUUACCAAGAUUUAAGUGGGUAAUUACGAGCUCCUUUUUAUCAAUGAGGUUUGAAGUUUUCUAUUUUUCACUUUGCCAAAAAUGUUUUGCACUCACAAAAGUAUUCUCGUGUAGUCAAGUCCUGUCAAAACAGAGGUGAACUGGUAUGGCCCAGUUGGUGUCCAUAUGGUAGAAAGUGGCUCAUUCCUGGAGGAAGUGUAGGUGGCUGUCAAUUCACAAUUAUUUUUGUGAUUCCCACCUCCCUUUUAGCAUUUAUCCUUACUCAAGAAAGAGAAACUAUUUCCUGCUGAAUGGCAAAUGGGCAAGAAGCCAUUAAGGGUUUGUGCCAGAGCCUUCCAUGAGGGAGCGUCUUUGGGAGAAGCAGGCUCACCUUGGAAUUAGCGUCCCAUCUCCUUGCCCCAGAAUCUUUCUGACAAUUUCUUCUGCACCAAGCAUUAGACAUUUUUCAGAAGCUGUUGCUUUUAGAAAACAAGUCAGAUGAAGACUUCACUACUUUUGUGAUGAAAAAGGGCUUUAGAAGUUAAAUACACGCAUGCAUAUAAAAAACUGCACAACCACAGCCUCAAUUUUGUAUUUAGUCUGGGGGGAGAGAAAAGAAUUUUCUGUCUGUGGUGGUGGUGGUUCUUUUUUUUUAAGUGCGCCUCUCUUGUUUGACCCAAACUCAGCAAGAAAACCACUGUGAUUAAAUGACACACAUAGAAAGACUGCAAAAGCGUUCCAUGGUUUCAGUUGAAUUUCAGUCCUCAGCCUUUACAAAUGAGGUCAAGACAUGACUAGAAUAUAAAGCAAGGAAAAAAUGAAGUAUUUGAUUUUUUGCUCAAUGCUUAAUUUAUUUUUUACUGUGCCACUCAGAAUAUUUAUAAAAAUCCAGUAGCAUGAAUGCUUCUCUGUAGUAAUACUGAUUUUUGUGCCUUUUGUCUGCUUUCUUAAGACCAAUUGUUCACUUUGUAGAUAUUAGACAAUAUAUUUCAAUUAAGUACUAUA